AUGGUUAUCACGACUUCCGCGAAAGAUCUCUGCUUCAGAAACUCCGCACGCAAACAGUGGCGCAUGAGACCCGCCAUCGAACGCAUAUCCAGCUACCGGUACCUGGCUGCUCAAGAGUUCAAUAGUGGGAUACUGCUACACGUUUUCUCUGAAGGAGGAAGCAACAAAGCCUGCGAGCUAGCAGAGGCGCACUACAGGUUCACCGAGAGACGGCUUCCGGUCUCAGCCUUGUGUUUAGACAGCACACCAGGCCACCCACGCUAUCUACGCUUAUGCGAGGCCCUCAACAAAUCACUACCUCAGAUACCAGUUGUGCGUCACAUUGCUAUACUAUUCGUCAGUGUAGUGCUGGGCUGCAUAUGGAUUUUGUACACCGGUAUCAAAGGAUACGAGAACAACGUCAUCAGUCGGACUCGAAAGCGUAUCAAUGAUCCUAUCUAUUUCGACCCCACAGCACCACGUUGCUAUCUUUACUCAAAAAGCGAUACGCUUAUCGCUUGGCAAGAUGUCUACGAGCAUCUGGAAGAGUCAGCAUGCGCUGGUAUGCCUGUCACUGAAGUGCUGUUCGAGAAAAGUGGGCAUGUCGGACAUGCGAAAGAAGAGCCGAGACGGUACUGGGAUGCUGUUUUCGCGACAUGGCAAGACGCACAAAUCAUGGAGAAGGAAAACGUGUAUGCCAAGUUCCCCGAAUCAGAAUUUCUGGUGCUAGAUCUGCCGAAAUUUCCGGACUUCUCCAAACAGAGGUGGAGCAACGGCGGAUUUCAACGCAUUUCCUGUUGA